AUCUCUCUCUCUGUCUGGUAUUGGAUCUCAGUCUAUCUGAGAGACUGAAGGGUUGAGGAGGAGGAGGAGGAGGAGAGGGAGAAAGGGAAGAAGGGAUAGGCAGGCGGACGGACGGAGAGGGGUAGAAGAGGGGGAGGGUGAGGGGUGGAGGAGAGGAAAGAGGAGAGACCUGUCUGUGUGGCAAUGGACUGUCUCUGUAUCGUCACCACGAAGAUGAAUGGAUCAGAGGGAGAGGUGGAGUAUGAAGAAAUGACUCUAGAGAGGGGUAACUCUGGUCUAGGAUUCAGUAUAGCAGGUGGAACAGACAACCCCCACGUUGGAGACGACCCGUCUAUCUUCAUCACCAAGAUCAUCCCUGGAGGAGCUGCCGCACAGGACGGAAGACUCAGGGUUAAUGACAGUGUAAUACUAGUAAAUGAUGUCGAUGUUCGUGAGGUGACACACAGCUUGGCUGUGGAAGCUCUAAAGGAGGCGGGGCCAGUUGUCCGUCUCUACGUCCUCCGGAGGAAGCCGCCCAUGGAGACCGUCACACAACUCAAACUCAUCAAAGGACCUAAAGGUUUGGGGUUCAGUAUAGCAGGUGGACUAGGGAACCAGCAUGUACCAGGUGACAACAGUAUCUAUGUGACUAAGAUCAUCGAGGGAGGAGCGGCCUGUAAAGAUGGACACCUACAGAUCGGCGAUAAGAUACUGGCUGUGAACCAGGUGUGUUUAGAAGAUGUGAUGCACGAAGACGCAGUAUCAGCUCUGAAGAACACAGCCGAGGUGGUCUACCUGAGAGUAGCCAAACCUUCACACCUCUACACACCUGACCAGUACAGUCCACCUGACCUCACCUCGUACAUGGACCCAGACAUGGGCCCUAACUACCUAGAUUACCCACAAUCCUCUCUGCCGCCACCCUCGCCACGACGCUACUCACCCAUACCGCACGGCAUGAUGGGAGAAGACGACAUCCCCAGUAGAGAGGCCAGGCGCGUGUGUAUCCACCGAGGGUCGACUGGUCUGGGGUUUAACAUCGUUGGAGGAGAAGACGGAGAGGGAAUCUUCAUCUCCUUCAUCCUGGCUGGAGGACCAGCUGAUCUCUCAGGAGAACUACGCAAGGGAGACCAAAUCAUCAGCGUGAACGGUGUGGAUCUCAGACAUGCGACUCAUGAACAGGCUGCAGCAGCUCUGAAGAAUGCUGGACAGACUGUAACUAUCAUCGCUCAGUACAGACCUGAGGAGUACAGCAGGUUUGAGGCUAAGAUCCACGACCUGAGAGAACAGAUGAUGAACAGUAGCAUGAGCUCUGGGACCCUCCGAGCCAACAGGACCUUCUAUGUCAGGGCCCUGUUUGACUAUGAUAAAACAGCAGACUGCGGGCUGUUGAGCCAGGCUUUGGGCUUUAACUUCGGGGAGGUGCUCCAUGUGACUGACUGUAGUGAUGAAGAGUGGUGGACUGCUAGGAGACUGGGACAACAGGGACAACUGGAGGAACUAGGGUAUAUACCCAGCAAACACAGGGUGGAGAGGAAGGAGUGGUCUCGUAUGAAGAAUAAGGACCGCAGCAGCUUUGUUCAGAGCUAUGAGUCUGUUACACAGAUAGAAGUCCACUAUGUGAGGCCUAUCAUUAUAUUGGGUCCUACUAAAGACAGAGUGAAUGAUGAUCUUCUCUCUGAGUUUCCUGACAAGUUUGGUUCCUGUGUUCCACACACGACGCGGCCCCAGAGGGAGUAUGAGGUGGAUGGGCGGGACUACCACUUUGUGUCGUCAAGGGAACAGAUGGAGAAGGACAUCCAAUCACAUCACUUCAUAGAGGCGGGUCAAUACAACAGUCACCUGUAUGGAACCAGCGUUCAGAGUGUCCGCAUGGUCGCAGAGCAGAUGGGGAAACACUGUAUCCUAGAUGUGUCAGCUAAUGCAGUGAGACGACUACAGGCAGCUCAGCUUCAUCCUAUUGCUGUCUUCAUCAGACCGCGAUCACUGGAAAAUAUACUAGACCUGAAUAAGCGUCUGACAGAGGACCAGGCCAGGAAGGCUCUGGACAGAGCUGUCAAACUGGAACAAGACUUUAUAGAAUGCUUCUCAGCUAUUGUGGAAGGGGAGAGUUUUGAAGAGGUUUAUCACAUGGUGAAGACUGUGAUCGAAGAGCAGAGUGGACCCUAUAUUUGGAUACAAUCUAGAGAAAGACUAUAAAAGAGAGGAGCGGAGAGGAGACCCUGUAUAUGGAUAACAUCUAGGGAAAGACUAUAGAGGAGAGAAGAGAGGAGAGAAGAGAGGAAAGGAGAGAAGAGAUGAAGAGAGGAGAGGAAAGGAGAGGAGAGGAAAGGAGAGUUUUGGAGAGGAGAUGAGAGAGGAGAGGAGAUGAGAGAGGAGAGGAAAGGAGAGGAGAG